AUGCCAGCGUCCAAAUCUCUGACUCCAGGCUCAGACAUGACGGACCAUCCCGCCAGUAGUCUCCGCAUAGGUGAUUCCGAAGAUGUCCAGACGCUUCUCAAGUUGACUCCGGUCACGCUCCCCAACGUUGCCACAGUACAAUCACUCUGUGAAAAUUACUCCAACGACAAAAGGUGGACAACCUUCCGGUCAGAUCCACGCUACAUCUACGUGAUGAACUGGAUGUACCAGUGUCGAGGCUACAUCAAGUUGGCCUCGGAGCAUUUUGACGCCGAUUUGUUCGAAAUCGAGUUGUUUGAGUUAGUGCAUCCUCCCCCUCUUGACGAGCUGACUUUGCUAGUCAAUAAAACCAAGUUGGCAUUGUUAGGCAAGAUCCACGGUAAGAAGAUUGCGUCGUUGGCAUCUUUUGAGCCGCUUUUUCGCAUUUACUUUGGAAACUCCACGCCGUUAGGAGGAAAAGACCUCAGUGAAGAUGAAGACGUAGAUGUUGAUCACUCGGAGUUCCCUCGCUUCGACGACCUCUACAUCGAUGAGAAAAUCGGUAUACUCUAUUUGAUGAUGCUCGAGGUGACACAGUACCCAGACUUCCGAGAGUUCAUCGACAAGAACAAGCUUGGACCCGAGCAAUUAAGAACCAAUCAGAUUUACUCUCACUCAAUUAAGAAAAACGGCCAUGAAGAAGAUUACUUUUUGGCACUUGAUAAUACCGCCUUAUAUAAGCGUAAUGUGGUUGUUCCGGAGCUCAUCGUGCCCAAAAAGCGUAAGUUGGCUCCACAAUGGCCUGACGAAGAAUAUGGCGCAGAGAAGUUCGAUUCCGAGUCUAUAGAGUACGAGUUGAUAUUCAGAGACAUCUACGGGCUCAAUGACUACAUUGGCUCAUUACUUGCUAACAAGAAAAAUAAGAAAAACAAGGCCAUUCUCGAUGUGCUUCAACAGCCAGCCUUCAUAUCCAAUGUCUUCUCAUACGAAAUCAGAAAGCGCAAGAUCCUUUCACACAGAAGAAAAGACUUAGAGAUGGCUCGGUUGUUGGCUACCCGGAAACGGUCGCUGCGUCUAGAAGCAAAAGAGAAGCAGAGAAAUUUGGAGGAGCAGGAAAGAAAACUCAAGGAAAUGGAGGAGUUGCAAUAUGCUGCUAGUCGUCGUCGCUCGCAGAGGGCCCAACAGCAGUUGAAAACAAAAAUGACAAUGGAUUACACUCAGGGACUUUCUCGAGAAGAAAGGUUUAAUUUACGCAUGCAGAAGGCUGCCGAGCUGGCGAAUGAAUCACCAGCUUUGAGCGAGAAGAAUGAAAGUGAGGCUCCGACAGAGGUAGGUGAAGGUAAGGCUCCAGUCGAGGUCAAAGGUGAAGGCGAAACUCCGUUGGAAGUCAAAGAUGGCCCUAUUGAAGGGCCAUCUCCUUCCGAUGCUAUUGCCUCAGCUCCAGCGGUAACUUCUUCUCAGCCGAAUCUGUAUUACCCACCUUCAUCGUCUCCACCAUCUACUGUGACUUCUUCUGGCAAUGGUCAGUUGUUGCCAACUUUCUCUCAAAUUCAACCUCAGGGUCUGACGAAUACUGUUUAUUUUUCACAUGGUCAAGACCAUCCAUCCCAGAACCUUCCUGCUCAUAGUUUUGUUCAUCAAGGGUUUUCUUCUCAAGGAAUUCCUACUCAAGGCCAUUCUGCCCAAAAUCAUAUUCAGGCCCCCCAGUUGGCUGUUCAAGGACAGGGAUCUGACCCAAAUUCUGCUACGCUAGUGUCUACCCCGGUUCUAUCUCAAACGAUUCAACCGACUACAUAUUCUGGCAUUCCUCUGAACACUUCAACCUCUUGGGCCCAGCAAUUGCCUAGCCAGCCAUCAAUGUCUUCUGAUCCUGCCCAGAAGGACUAA